AUGGAGACGCAGCUAACGACAAUUUUUGGCCCAAAUCCAAACAUCUCGUUCUUUCCCGCAAAAAGGGUUCGAGCUAUUAGUGAUAGACUGGGUCAUGGUCGACUAGAUCAGCUGCUGGACGAAAUUCGCGCGGUGGUGGCAACCAAGGUCAAGAACACUUGUGCCAUCCCCCAAUCUUAUGUCCAGCGGCAUCGGGAUGUGGGAAGGAUCCAUGAUCUCCCUAGCCCAGACAUCCUUAGUGCACAUAUUGCCGCUUACUUUGACACUGUGCACCCAAUCUACCCAUUCCUUUGUCCAGACACGUUUCGCGGGAGAGCUUCAGGGCCGGACCUUGCUCAAUCCCUAGUUACAGACAAAAGUUGGGCGGCGCUCUUCUACGCAAUCCUGGCUAUUGGUUGUCAGAAUAACGAUGGAGGAAGCUUUGAGGCUGGCGUGGGAGAGGCAUGGUCAUAUUUUGAGCGGUCGUUGUCAUACUUCCAGGAUCUCCUCUUUGGAAGAGGCUCCUUGACUGCGGUCCAAGCCCUGAUUGCUAUGGCAAUCUUCUCAUCAACUGUGUCGGCCUUCCAAUUCGAACCCUUGAUGCUGUCAGAGGCUGCCAUUAUGGCCCAGGGAUUAGGCUAUCAUCGCUCAAACAGUCCACAGGAAGGGCAAUGCCGUCGCACAUUUUGGGUCCUCUAUUUCAUGGAGAAAACGUCCUGCUUUGCCACCGGCAAGACUUCGGUUCUGGAUGACGCUAAUAUAAGCUGUGCUAUCCCAGAUGUGCCAGAAUCCACCUUCCACGACUACGACUGGUUCUUCGGCUUUGUCAAAUAUGCCCGUCUUGUCUCCAAAAUCCACCAAUCCCUCUUCACGAUCAGCUCUGUGAGCCAACCGUUGACCAGCUACAACGCUGUGGUGGAGAGCCUACGCAUGGAACUUGAAGCCUGGCGCAUGACCGCUCCCACCCGAUUUCGGCCGGGCGAAACGCUCAAGCCGCGUCUGCUACGAGAGACCCUCGCUGUUCAGGUUGCUUUGAUUACCCACUUUCUUUAUCUCAACGCCCUUCUUACAUUGUCAUGGACGGUGCUGCAUUAUGGUGCCGUCCGCUUGGGGACCACGCAGCAAGAGGUCAUGAAGCGAGAGCUGAUGCGAACAGCACGGAGCGUGUUGGAACUGACAGUCUUCAUCGAGGUCGCGCCUUCAACACCAGUUUGGAUCCUCGCCGUCUUACCCCUUUCUUCACUGAUGAUUCUCUUCGACCUCGUUGUCCACAACGCAAACCACCCAGAGACCAGUCUCAGUCUUGCCCUUCUCGAUAUUGCCGGUGGACACUUCAGCCGGCUAGAAUACGCCAGUAGCGGUGCCCUUCCAGGUUCCCUAGUCGCCGAAUUCGCACAUCUUGCCAGACAGUACAUAUCCGAAACGCGCAAGUCUAAGUCUCGAGACCGCAGUGAGACCGGUCCAUCUCAGAGCACUGUUGAGGCGCCGACAUCUGCGCCAGCAGCAUUGCAAGCUGCACCAGCAACAACUAAUAUUACAACUACCACUAAUGAAUUAGACAGCACAGUGCCGGUUUUACCGCAGGAACCCGUCACCGAUCUAUCCGUGGCCAUGCAACCGUGGAGCCCGGCCUCGCUGGACCGGAAUGAAUCGCUAUUCCUGCCGUAUAUUGACGAUCCGAGUUAUUAUUUUGGGGAUUUGCAGUUGCUGGGGAUAGACGUGAGGGAUCUUUUUGAUCAUCCGUAUCAAUUGCCGGGGAGUGAGCUAUAG